AUGGCUCCGUUCAAAGCCACCAUCUCCCUUCCCGUGGGAGAAGGAGACAAGGUCUCGCACUGUGUAUUCGAAGUACCAUCCGCUGCAUUCAAGAAGGCCGGUGAGGAGGACAGCACCACUCGCACACAAGAGCGCAUCGCAGACUUCUCUUCCGCCCUGAUCUUGACCGUGGUAGGAGCGACGAAUGAUGCCGAGAUCCAGAGGCCGGCAAAGAAGCAGCGCUGCGGUACGCCACCGACUGAAAGCAGCGACGAGCCUUCGACUGGUGCCCGUGAUGAGGAGUUGGGGAUCCAGUUACACCACCGUGGUACAGAGAGCAAGUUCCGCAUCAAGCCACAUGACACUUUCGAAGAGGUACUUCGAACGUGGAAGAAGCAGUGGGGGAACUCGGUCCACGACAAGUACAAUCUGGUGUACGACGGUACUGUGUUGCGGAAAAGGCACACUCCUUCGAAUUUGGACAUGAGGAGCAGAGCCCAGCUUCAGGUUGUGGCCGACUGCAUGAACUACUCCAGACUGACGGAGUAG